UUGAUCCAAGAUGGUUGUCAGAAUACGAUAAUUUUGUGUUUUGUUGAUGAUUUGCGCGGAAAAUUUGGUCGAGUUUCGCGUUCAACGAUUUCCGAAAAGAUGCCCGUUGACAUUAAUCGAUUGACAGAGGGUUGGCUAGAGUUGGAGAGCGAUCCCGGCUUGUUCACACUGCUCCUAGAAGAUUUCGGGGUGAAGGGUGUUCAAGUGGAAGAGAUCUACGAUCUGCAAAAGUCUCUGGAAGGUCCGGUCUAUGGCUUUAUCUUCUUAUUUCGAUGGAUCGAAGAACGGCGUUCUAGACGUAAAGUCGUAGAGCAGGAUGAAAGUUUUGUCAAAGAUGAAGAGAUUGUCAACAAUAUCUUCUUCGCACAACAGGUUGUCCCGAACAGUUGUGCUACUCAUGCACUGCUUUCGGUUCUACUAAAUUGUCCGAAUAUCCAUUUAGGCACAACACUGUCACGAUUAAAGAUGCACACUUCUGGUAUGUGUCCGGAGAACAAGGGCUGGGCGAUUGGCAACACACCGGAACUGGCAUGUGCGCACAACUCACAUGCCAUGCCACAGGCCAAGCGGCGGCAGGACAAAAAUACCGGCGUCUCAACAGGCAGAUUCACCGGCGAAGCUUUUCACUUUGUCAGCUAUGUGCCGAUAAACGGUCGGCUUUUCGAGCUGGACGGCCUGAAGCCGUAUCCCAUGGAUCAUGGGCCAUGGAAGGAACACGAGGAGUGGACGGAACAGUUCAGGCGUGUCAUAACCGAUCGCUUAGGCAUGGCAACGGGUGAGCAGUUGCAGGAUAUUAGAUUCAAUCUUAUGGCCGUCGUACCCGACCGACGCCUCGCUAUCUCGCACAAAUUAACAAUGUUGAAGACCAACAGACAGAUAGUCCUGGAGGCGUUGCAGCAGCUGGUGAAGUUAAGCCAUCAAGACGGCGGUAAUGUGGAGAAAAACUCGCACGUAGAGGCCGAUAAAGAAAAGAGAAAUAAAGUUGAGGACGAAAACGGAUUGCCUGCUAAAACGGAGGUUGAAGAAUCGCCCUCGAUUCCCGCCAUCAAUGUUGAAGGUAGUAACGAUUCGGCGGUGGUCAUUGACGAAACAGUCUCCAGCAUCACAUCUGGGAAAACUGAAUCUAGUGGAAUGGAGAAAGUAGUGAUGUGCGCUCUCGAUUAUGCCACGCCGCUGCAGAUUCAGACUUCGCCGGCUCAUAGUUCUUCGAGUACGGACACGUCGUCGGAAAUCGGAUCUGCCUUUAAUUCGCCUACCCAAGCUUGGGGUUGGAAUUCCGGUCAGAGCAGUCCUACGUCGACCAAGGACUUCAAAAAAUUCGUGGUGAUCAGAGUCGCUGGCGACGAGAAAAACGAGGCGGGACUGAGUCGUUCUCUGGGAAACAUAAAUAUAAACGGGAAAAGGUUAGUUUCCGACAGCGGCCAUUUGCACAAAAAGGUGUGUUUGUCCGGCGAAGUCAGGAUUCCACACGCGCGCGUAAAAACCAGCAACGGCGACACGGUGACGGAGGAGAAAAAGGUCGAGAAGAUCGAUCCCAAAUUGUGCUCCAAGUAUCCGGAGCUAUUUGAACCGCAUACGUUCGCACCAAAGGACCUCCUGGCGCUGCUGAAGAACCUAGAGCACGAAAUCAGCGUGUGUGAGACCAGCCUGAAGGACGAGAACGACAAAAGAAACAAGUACAAGAUCGACGACUGUCGGAGGACGCAUAAUUAUGAUGAAUUUAUCUGCACGUUCCUCUCGAUGCUCGCUCAACAGGGAAAACUAGCAGAGCUAGUUCAGCAGCAUCUGACGUUGAAAAAGCACACUUCCGUCUCGGUGAAUAGGGUUCACAGGUCGUCGAAAAAGUCCGACACCCGCCAGAACUCCUCGCGCAGACGACGCGGUAGAACCAAAUGUAAAAAGCGAAAGUAAUCGUCGAGCGCAUAAGUUUAAGGCAUAGGCAGCUCCGUUCGUUCGGAUUGUACACACUCACACGCUGUGGAAAAUCGCUUGGUAGUUUUACAAAAAUCAUGAUCAUGUGAGGAGGCCAUAGAUAGUUUCUAAAGAUGUAGCGUCGCUGUUUUCAUUUCAAUCAUCGAUUUUUCAAUCAUCAACUGGAUGUUUCUAGCUUUUUAGAGGAAUCUUAUACAGGUAUGAUUAAUUUUUAUUUGGUUUUUAUUUGGUCAUGAUGAAUAGAAAUUGCUUUUCUAGACUGAACAAAUGUGAACUUUGCGAUGUAUACAUAUAAGUAUAUUUUUUCGUAUUCUUUAUGUAAUUACGCGUGGUAUUUUAAUCGUCCAGAGAUUCUAUUUAUAUUUAUAUCUUACGUUUGAAACAUAAUCUUCCGCACAUCUUCCGCCUGUUUCUCGCGGGAAUGUUGCAUCCAUGUUCUUUGCUGAUUUAUAUUUCAUACGAAAUAUACGACUUGUACGAAGAAUGCUCCAUACCUUUUUAAUGAGAGAAUGCUCGGGGAGGGAGGAAGGGGAGGAAUAAAAGAACAACGAGGAGGGGGCUUUGUCAAAAACAUUGAAAAUAUUUAUUUAUCGGUAUUUCAUAUACAAGUACACUACACGCGCUGUAGAUAUGUCCCUUAGUGUCUAAAUACUUACAUCUCCGGACAGCCGGAGGAAGGAGAAAUCAAAAAGCUUAUUUAGAUCGGCUGGAAUUGCGGUCUUCGCAUCGUGAACGACGACGCAGACGACAGAUUUAUCGGUCCUCGCCUCUAAGUCGCUUUUACCGUUUAGUAUAGUGCAAUAGGAACUGUAGUCGAAACGCGCGCGUGAACGAUUUCGCGGGAUACAAAUAGGAAGAGAAAAGAAGGAGGGGGAGAGAGGUUCGGGCGCGAAAAUGUCGUUCCUUCUCCGGCCGACGGUUCCGGCGGUCCUCUGUGAACUGCUUUUUGGCAAAAACGUGCGAUUGUAUGUACAAGAGUUUGCGGCUCUCUCGCAAUCGUCGCGUGCGAUCGUUCGAGGCGAGCGAGGCAUAAGUGCGCGAGUAAUCGGUGUGUAGGUAGUUGUGUGUCUGUGUGUGUGUGUGUGUGUGAUUGAAUCGUAUUCGGAAUCGUGUCGAGAUCGUCGUCGACGCUGAUUUGCAAUAAUGAUCGCGCUCGAUAGUUAACAGUAGAAGAUAAUAAUGUAUGUAUUUACACGCACGGUACUGCAUCUUUGUUCCUUCUCGCCGCCGCGGCGAGAAACGCACACGAUUCCGUCAUUACAGGCACUCUCGGUAUUUUACACGCGACGCGGUGUAUCGCCGGCGAAGCCUCGUCCUUCCUACAUCUCGGCGACGAUGACUCGGAAUUAUUGCUGGCUACGCCGCAACCCCGCGUGCGUUCUGUCGAUUUCGAGGUUGAGAAUCGGCGAGUCCCCCUGCGCGCGCGCGACCGUCGACGCCGCUCGUGGAAUUCCGCGCCGUACGAAAUUCGGAACAUUUAUACUGCGAGGAGAGUAACAUAAUAAAAACAAGGGAAAGCGAGAGGAAUAUGUAGACGAGAUCGUUUCCGCGAGCGACGCCGAAUACAGUCUCGCGACGCGGCGGGAGGACUCCGUACGCCGACUUCUUCCUCGUCUUCCAUCGUUCGCCCCCGCCGUGACACGGGCGAUUAGUGUGCAAUAAAUAGAGGUGCCCUUUUCACGAUCGCCCUCGAGGUUAACGUCGAUUUCGCGUCUCUCUCUCUAGCGCUCUACGUAUCACAUAUGGUAAAAACGGAUGGUCGAUCGGGAUCAGCGGGACGCUAAGCUGCGUAACUCCCGGUACCGUCGGACUCCUUUUCCGCAUCGCCGAUUUUUCCUGCCGCUCGCUUCGUCGGAUCGAUGAACAUCCUGCUCUCGGUAAGGAAGGGAGAAAAAAAUCGCACUUUGGUUCUGAUUGCCGGUGACGCGACUUCGAUUUCCCGACGACGCGCAUCCUACCUUCGAAUCGGCGACGACACACACUCGAGCGCUGUACACGCGUUACAGUUCGUUUCAAUGACGAUAUCGAAAAAUACAUUAAUUUGAAAAAUAUAUAUAUAUGCAUAUAUAUAUAUGUAUAUCUGUGUAUAUAUAAUAUAUAUAUUUCUUGCAAGUAUAUAUCUGCUGUGUAUAUAUUACAUUACACCCAUAGGCUCACUUAAUACUUCAAUACGCGCUAAAUUCCGCCUUCCAAGAGGAUUUUUCUUCCGCGGCACGCACACGCCCGAGUCGGCGUUUCCCCGUCACGGCGCUUGUAACACAGAUGCACUUUCGUCUUCACAUAUACAUAUAUACAGACACGCUACGUACGUCGAUCGUAGUGAUUCGAUAGCAAAAGUAUAAAAAAGAGAUAGACAGUCGCGAGAGAAUUGGACCUCGACGUGAAAAUCCGGCGCGAGCGUCGAAGAGACGCAGCCUCGCUAUUUAUUUAUCUUUUUUUUCUUUUCUCUUCCGAACUGAAAUCCGCGAGGGAACGAAGAGGAAAAGUUCGGGGACUUGGCGGAAGGCUUCGUCGAAGUUGCCGGCGCGGCUUUCGAGGUGCGAUAAGAAGCAAUAAAUAAAAAGCGAAUUUGGAAUGAACACCAGCAAACCGAAUCUUUGAAAUUUCAAGCAAGAUGAACGAUUGCUUACAGAAACUUUCGAUAUUUGGUAUUGAUCGUGCAAGAUGGAAAGUUCGGUCCUUUUGGCGAUGAAUAAAUGAUCAAGCCGCGCCUCGAAGCUCCGCCGUGCGAGGUCGUCCGUCGCUCGCCGCUUUACGCGUGAUCGCAAACAAAGAUGACGAUGACGAAAAAAA